CAGCAAAAAAAAAAACCAGAAAGUCAGCGUAGAUAGCAAGGGAGAGUUAUCCAGUGCGAAUGACGGAAAAGAGUGAGGCAGUUGAAAAAUCUAGCAAUAACACCGGUAUGAUCGAGGAGUGGUUACGAAAGCACCGUCUGGUUUACACUGGAGCCACCAGACACCCUUUUAUCCUCAGCGUCCGAGAUGGGUCCGUAGACCUCUCAUCCUUCAAGCGAUGGCUGGGACAGGAUUAUUUAUUUGUCAAAGCAUGUGUCCCUUUUGUAGCAAGUGUAUUGCUGAAAGCUUGCAAGGAAUCAGAUGAUAGUUCUGAUAUGGAAGUCAUAUUGGGGGGUGUGGCUUCUAUAAAUGAUGAGAUUGCUUGGUUUAUGAAAGAAGCUUCAAAGUGGGGUGUUCCAUUAACUAGCAUUGUUCCUCAGAAGGCGAACCUUGACUACUGCAGGUUUUUGGAAAGCUUAACGAGGUCAGACGUAGAAUACACAGUGGCCAUCACUGCAUUUUGGGCAAUUGAAGCUGUUUAUCAAGAGAGCUUUGCCCAUUGCCUGGAAGAUGGCUCUAAAACUCCAGAAGAACUUAAGGAAACCUGCCAAAGAUGGGGCAAUGAAGGUUUCAGUCAGUAUUGCCAUUGCCUUCGAAAUAUAGCUAAUCGUUGUCUACAGAAGGCAACGGAUGAUGUGCUCUCAAAAGCUGAGGAAGUUGUAUUACGUGUUCUUGAACAUGAAGUUGGUUUUUGGAACAUGAGUCGUGGGGAGUCCUAAGCGCUUAUGUCAGAUACGGAAUAUUGCAUGACAUAUACCAGUUUGUUUUUCCUCGAGUCUGUUAUGUUACACGCUUUGCUGUGUGGAGUGGGAGAGUGGUAUUGUGUUGCUUUCAUUAAAUACAAGCAUAUGUAUGUAUAAAUAAGUCAUGCAAGUUUCUGGAGUAUGUAAGUGAUAUGUGUAAUCAAGUUCUUGAUGUAGAGUGAAAGGCUCUUGAAUCAUGAUAGCUUUUUUUCCUGAUACAGACAUAAGAUUGCUCUUAGGGACAGCCCAUUGAGUCUUUGUUGUUGGUCCUGCAUUGGAGAAGAUUCUGAAGCCAUGAUUGUGCAUUU